AAGGGUUUAGUGCCGUCAUCUCAAAAUUACCAACAGAAAUUAUUCUACCGCCGUAGGGCUGUGAAUCUCUCCCCCCCCCCUCUCUCUCUCUCUCCAGAUAUAUAUAUAUAUAUGUGCACACACACACAGCCACGCAGGAGCUUAGAGAGGAGGAGGAGGGGAAGAAGACUCGGAGAAAAUGGUGGUAGAAUUAGAAUGCCAGGGGGCCAUGAACCUCGACGACAAUGGCGUUGUGCCGGUGAUAGUGGGUCUCCAGCCCUCUGCGCUGGUAGACCACGUGGGCAAGGUCGAUUGCUCGCUUCUCUCCCAACUUCCGGGCGAGCGUGGCGGCUCCUUCCCGGUUGAAGUUCAAGAGCUUGAACAAUUAUUGAGUGAAUUGAAAAUCCACACUCUCUCUUCCCCCAAUGAUCCAUCUCCUAUGAAGACCAUAGCCGGGGGCAGUGUUGCCAAUACUAUUAGAGGCCUGGCUGCUGGAUUUGGGAUCCCUUGUCGUAUAAUUGGGGCCUGCGGGGACGAUGAACAAGGAAAAUUGUUUGUGAGUACCAUGAGCUCAUAUCGAGUGAGCCUCUCAGGAUUAAGGAGGAAAAAAGGAACCACUGGUCAGUGUGUUUGCCUGGUUGAUGAGUUGGGGAAUCGUACAAUGCGCCCCUGUCUCUCAAAUGUUGCUAAAAUUCAGGCAGAGGAACUAACAAGAGAUGAUUUUAGAGGUUCCAAGUGGCUGGUACUCAGAUAUGCAAUAGCCAAUAUCGAAAUUAUUCAAGCAGCUAUUCGGAUUGCUAAAGAGGAGGGCAUUCUAAUCUCCCUUGACUUGGCCAGUUUUGAGAUGGUUCGGAAAUUCAGAUUGCCUCUCCUGAAGCUGCUAGAAUCAGGGAGUAUAGAUCUUUGCUUUGCCAAUGAGGAUGAAGCGACAGAGCUGCUAAGGGGUGAACAAGGUGCCGAUCCUGAGGCAGCUCUUGAAUUUUUGGCAAAGCACUGUCAGUGGGCUGUAGUGACAUUAGGCUCUAAUGGAUGCAUUGCAAAAUGUGGAAAAGAGUCUGUUCGGGUUCCUGCCAUUGGGGAGUCAAAGGCGAUUGACGCAACUGGAGCAGGGGACCUGUUUGCGAGUGGAUUUCUGUAUGGACUGGUAAGGGGGCUGUCUCUGGAGGAAUGCUGCAGGGUUGGCUCGUGCAGUGGGGGUUCUGUUAUUCGGGCUCUUGGGGGCGAAGUCACCCCAGAGAACUGGCAGUGGAUGCAUAAACAGUUGCAGGCCAAGGGUCUAACUUUACCCAACAAUGGAAAUUGGUCUCUUGUAGAAGACUUGUAGGGUUCUGGCAAUUGUACCGCAUCUCAAUUUCAUUGUUUAUCAAUUCAGGUUAAUGCACACGAAACUACUGUCUAAUCCUCAUCAUAAGAAUGAGAAGCUUAACUUCAUUCUCUUGAGAGUUUAUUUUGACAGAUUUACUGAAA